AUGGCUGGCGGUGACGCUAAGAAGGGUGCCAACCUCUUCAAAACCCGUUGUGCUCAGUGCCACACCGUCGAGAAGGACGGCGGCAACAAGAUUGGUCCCGCUCUGCACGGUCUUUUCGGCCGCAAGACUGGCUCCGUCGACGGCUACUCCUACACCGAUGCCAACAAGCAAAAGGGCAUCACCUGGGACGACGAUACCCUCUUCGCUUACCUUGAGAACCCCAAGAAGUACAUCCCCGGCACCAAGAUGGCUUUCGGCGGUCUCAAGAAGGAGAAGGACAGGAAGGACCUGAUUGCCUUCCUGAAGGAUUCUACUGCUUAA